AUUUGGCAUCCCUCCAAAGCCAGCAUGUGUUUCCCUCAGAAGGUGGUGGUUGGGCACCUGAAUAACUUGCUAGGCUACUUAACAGAGCAGUUGAGUCAACCAUGUUUAUGUGGGACUGGAGUCACAUGUAUACCAGACUGGGUACAUAAGGGAUGGUUCAAUAAAUACGAUGAGAAGAAAGUUAGCAAAGAAAAUGGCAAGAAUGAAACUACCAGGACAACAAUUCUGUUUGCCUUGAAAAAUGAAGUUGGUGGGCUUGUGAAAGCCCUUCAAAUAUUUCAGGACAAACACAUCAACCUAGUUCAUAUAGAAUCCAGGAAAUCAAAGAGGAGAGCUUCAGAAGUUGAGAUAUUUGUGGAUUGCAGCAGCACAAAAGAAGAUUUUAAUGAACUGAUUCAGUUAUUAAGAGUCAACACAAACAUUAUUUCUCUGAAUCCACUGGCCAGCAACUGGACAGAGGAAGAAGAAUUGGAUGACAUUCCUUGGUUUCCAAGAAAGAUUUCUGAACUGGAUAAAAGUUCCCAAAGAGUCCUGAUGUAUGGAUCAGAUCUUGACGCAGAUCACCCAGGCUUUAAAGAUGAUGUGUACCGAAGUCGAAGGAAGUACUUUGUGGAUGUUGCCAUGAAUUACAAAAUUGGCCAACCCAUUCCCAAAGUGGAGUACACUGAAGAAGAAAUUAAGACUUGGGGAACGGUGUUCCGAGAGUUGACAAAACUUUACCCAACUCACGCAUGCCGAGAGUACCUUAAAAACUUCCCUCUUCUGACAAAGCACUGCGGCUACAGAGAGGAUAAUAUCCCCCAACUGGAAGACGUCUCUGUGUUUUUGAAAGAACGAUCAGGGUUUGUGGUCCGACCGGUGGCUGGAUAUUUGUCCCCAAGGGAUUUUUUAGCUGGCUUGGCUUUUCGAGUUUUCCAUUGCACUCAGUACGUGCGUCACAGUUCGGAUCCCUUUUACACACCAGAACCUGAUACAUGCCAUGAGCUGCUUGGACAUGUGCCUCUUCUGGCAGAACCAAGUUUUGCAGAGUUUUCACAAGAGCUUGGCCUCGUCUCUCUCGCUGCAACGGAUGAAGAUGUUCACAAGUUAGCUACU